AAAAGGAACACAUCUUUGAGAAGUAACAGCAUGAUGAAAUACGAAACGACUGCAGUAGAUCUGGAGGCCGGAGUAGGGGAUGUUUAUCAGCCAACAGUGGUAGCCAUACCGGUUAAGUCGUCCAAUAGUUGGAUAUGGAAGACAAUCGCUGCAAUCGUCUUCCUCGGCCUCUGUGCCACAGCUUCAUUCUUCUUUGCCUGGCAUUUGAUGAAACAAGACAAAGGAGAAAUUCAAAUCUUCGAGUCUGGCAAGCAAAUCAGCACACCAUCAGAGCAUGGGAAAAUCCGGAUGCAAAUUGCUGAGAGCAUAAAGGCCGCCAUUCAUUUACAUGGUAAGCAAGAGUCAGGUUCACUGAAGUGGGCCAGCGGCGUGGAUCAGUCCUUUAUGCAGGGUGGCCUUAAGCUGAAAGACAAUGAGAUUCACAUUCCUGCAGAUGGCCUUUACUUUGUGUACAGCCAAGUGUCAUAUGCCGUACACUGCAAACUGAACGAAGACAACGCGGAAGAUGGACCUCAGAAGCACUUAAGCCACAGUAUUUGGCGUUAUUCAGAUGCAAUGGGACCAGAAAGGAUGCCCUUGCAGAACUCAGUCCAAAGCGUCUGUCAAUCAGGAGAGAACGAGAAGACCACGUACAGCACUGUCUAUCUUGGUGCUGUUUUUAAGCUUUUGGAGGGUGAUAAGCUCUCAACCAAAACCAGCAAAGUAACUGACAUUGAGGAAAACUAUGCCAAAACAUUUUUUGGAGUCUUUGCAUUGUGAGGUCAAUCAUAAUUUGCUAUAUGAGUUAGUUGCAUGACCUGUUUUACAAACAGGGAUGCUACGAGUACAAAGACAAGGCGUUUUAUGUUAAAACGUUGAAAGUAUGUUCUCAGGGCAUUUGUUUAGAAGUACUUUGAUGAAUAAUGAGAGUUCUUAUUGCAAUAUAACAUAUUGUUUUGGGUCUAAAACAAAACAGAUGCAAUGAGAGCCAUGCACUGAGUACUAUGCACCCAGUCAUGAGCAGUAUACCAAGGGCACUACACCUCUUAUGUUUAUUUUAAGCUAAUAUGAAGUUUAUAAUCUUAUGUAUUUCGUUGUAGAAAUAGUAAGGAAUGUGAAUGUUCGAAAGAGCAAUGUUUUUGCAGUAUGUUGAAUUAUUUUUAACUUUUGAGCAUAUUUAAUAUUUUUAAUUGUAUUAUUUAACUAUUUAUUAAUGAGUAUGUAUGCUAUAUGUUCUUGAAUUUGUACCGUUCUGAAAGUGCUUUGAUACACUCCUCUCUGAUUCUGACACUUUUACAUUUUAAACACAAGACCCUCAAUAAAUAUUUAAAAGUAAUGAUGAAGUACGCUUAUCUCUUUCCUAUCAGGUGCACUGUUCAACACACAAAUUCUACUCAAAAAGAAGAAGUAACAUAAUCACAGGCGGGUCACACGGUCAUAAUGUGGAGUUUUUGCAUUCCAUCGUGUGGCUCGUGGUUCUUUUACUAAUGCUUGACUUCCCUUUAUUUGUCGAAAGAUGAGGUCACUGUGUAGUGUUUACCUCCCUUACAAACAUUCACUGCUUUCUCUCAGGUGUGACUGGAACAAAACCCCAGAGCACCAAAUUAACAGAAUUGCAUAACUUUUUUCGGUUACACAAUUCAGUGCAAAAGUGUAAUAUCCAGAAUCCAGAACUGUUAUCGUUUACAGCUAAAAUGUGAAGCUUUGUGUUAUGUAAAAUAGAUUACAAUCAGAUUUAACUUAAUAAAGUUUAU